AUGAAGGUCCAGGCGCUGUUCAAGAAGGGCGGUGCGGCCAAGGCCGCUCCCAAGAAGGCUGCCAAGAAGGCGCCCGCCAAGGUGUCUUCUGGCACCCGCAAGGGCUGGCUCGGCGGCUUUGAGGAGAGCAACCUCUCCAAGUGGUACGGCCCCGACCGCGUGCUGUACCUGCCCGGUGGCCUGCUGGACCGCAGCGACCUGCCCGACUACUUGGACGGCACCCUGGCUGGCGAUUACGGCUAUGACCCCCUUGGCCUGGGCAAGGACGCCGCCCAGGUGGAGAAGUACCGCGUGAACGAGCUGCUGCACGCCCGCUGGGCGAUGCUCGCCGCCGCCGGCAUCCUCAUCCCCGAGGCCCUCGAGGCCACCGGCUCCGACAUCGUCGGCGGCACCUGGUUCGAGACCGGCUCCAAGAUGCUCAACGGCGGCACCCUGAACUGGAGCGUCGCACCCUUUGGCGUGAUCCCCAACCCGCUGCCGCUCGCUGUGGUCGCCGUGAUCAACGCUGGCCUGCUGGCGGCCGUCGAGCAGUACCGCGCCAAGGGCGAGGGCCCGGCCGGCUACUCGCCCGGCGUGGGCAAGUUCGACUCCGACAUCUUUGCCGGUCUGGACCCCCUCUACCCCGGCGGCCCCUUCGACCCCCUGGUGAGUGCUGGGCAAAGCACAGCGACGGGGGAGGUUUUGCAGCACCUUGGGCCGCAGCCGGACGGGCUGUCAGGCCGCCGGCCGGUUGUGCUGUCAACGCAGACGGCUGUGGUUGAGUCCUGUUGGAGCGCAAUGUGCGGUUAG